AGCAGGAGAAUUUUACGCUAAAAUCUCGGUCUAGUAACCGUAUUUCCAAUGAUUGUAUUAGGUUUUAUGCAGCAUUAACAUUUGAGCAAUGGCAACAAGAAGUUUAACUGAGGUGUUUAUACUAAUGCGCAACAACGCUGUACAAAGUCGGCAUAUAUUCUCAGAACAAGUGAGUAAACAAAGACAAAAAUCGAAAAGCAAAAGCCGAAAAGGGGUCUGUGUGAUCAAUGACAUCAUCAAAGCACAUUCCCACGAUUCUUUAACCUCCUUGGCAGAUGAUAGAGUGGCGCUAGUCAGUAAGGACCCUGAAGCUGGCCUUACAAAUUCCAGAAUCAACAAGCUUCCUCCAGAGUGGGUAGAUGGAGUAGAGGAGAUACAAUAUGAAAUAUCACGAAUACAACAAAAAAUUAAGGAGGUUUCUACUCUUCAUGAUAAGCAUUUAAACCGGCCUACGAUGGAUGACUCCAUAGACGAAGAACACGCUAUAGAAAUCAUGACACAAGACAUAACACAGAUGUUCACCAGGUGUCAUCGGCUGGUUCAGCAGAUUGGUGCUAGGAGCAGAAGUGCCACCUCGCAGGAACAGCGCGUAACGCGUAACGUGAUGUCAUCGCUCGCGUCACAGCUACAGAGUCUUUCAGGCAACUUCCGACAGUCUCAGUCGGCAUAUUUAAAACGAUUGACGGGACGAGAGGAGAGGUAUUUUGAACAUUUUGACAUCAGUCUUCCCCAGUCUAGCUCCAUGAUGUUGGAAGAUGAAGAGUUACAGGAGAGAUAUGACAGGGGCUUCACGUCACAGCAGAUGAAGUUUGCAGAGGACAACAGCGUGCUCGUGUCGCAGCGGGAGCAGGAGAUUGCGCUCGUCGUCAAGUCAAUCGCAGAGGUCAACGAAAUCUUCAAGGAUCUCGCACAGAUCGUCGCCGACCAGGGCACGGUGCUUGACCGCAUCGACUACAACAUCGAGCACGCCAGCGAGAGCGUCAAGGAGGGCCUGCAGCAGCUGCAGAAGGCGGACAAGUACCAGAAGAAGAAUCGCAAGAUGAUGUGUAUUCUGCUGCUCGCCGUUGCUGUCAUCGUCCUCCUCAUCAUCCUCAUCUGGAAAAAGUCUUAGCAACCACGUGCUUGUCCUUUCCUGUUCCCAUUAUUUAUUUCAUCGUCGCGUGCGCGCGGUGCAGGCGGUGGUGCCCCCUGGGCGACGGCACGGGUGUGUGUCGUCGCACCUGUAUAUAGUGUGCAUGUAUUUAUAUUUAUCUCAUGCUGGCGCGGCACGUGGUUACCUUCACAGGUCAUGUGUGAGGGCAUGUGCUCAGCCUGCUCUCCUGUCAUUGUAAAUAAUUGUUGCUAAAUCAGUAGUUUAAAAGAUGAUAGUGAUGAUGACGACGAUGAUGAGGGUGAUAGUGAUGAUGAUUCGAGAAAUCUUUGUUGAAUGGUUCAUUGUCUCACAUAUAUCUCUGUACGCGGCAGGGCGAACAAAAAAGUAGCUAGAUGCUAUAUAAGAAAUUAUAUUUAACGUCGUUGUAAAAAAAAAUUGCGUUACUUUGAACGAACGAACAUUCCCAUUUUAUCUCGUUACUAGCGCGAUAUUGUCUGCAGCCUAAAGCCUAGUGCAGAUUUGCGAUUUUUGGUUGCUCGUCGCUGCAACCUGCAACCGCAAGCGAUCGCUUGAUGUGUCACCGCAUGUUCGCACACAUGCGAUUUCGAAGCAAUUCUAGAGCAAUUUGGGAGCGAUUGGGAGCGACGAGUCGCUC